AUGGCCGCACUACUUCAGAGCAUUGAGGUGCCUGUCGCACCCUUGCGGGCACCGCAACCGCUCCGAAAAAAUCAACGGCUCUCGUCACUCGCUAACAUCUCCAUCCAGUCUUCCAGAUCACUCACAUCCUCACUGACCAUCAAAUUCCACGUGUCCACAAAGAAUUUUAGAAAUUCCCGCCGAGUAGCGUUCCGGGCAGCAGCGGGCGAGAGCGGCGCGAAGAAGGCGAGUUUGAGCGAGCGGCGACCGGAGGAGGUGAAUGUGGUGGUGGUGGGCCCCACGGGGUACAUCGGCAAGUUCGUCACUCGCGAGCUCAUCAAGCGCGGCUACAACGUCACCGCAGUGGCGCGCGAGCGGAGCGGCAUUGGCGGGAAGAAGUCGGCGGAGGAUACGGCGAAGGAGCUGGAGGGCGCGACGAUGCUGUUCGCGGACGUGACGAGCGAGGAGGCGCUCUCUCAAGCGCUGGCCGGCAAGAAUGUCGACGUCGUCGUGUCGUGCCUCGCCAGCCGCACGGGCGGCAUCAAGGACUCGUGGCUGAUCGACUACACGGCGACGAAGAACAGCCUGGAGGCCGGCAAGAAGGCGGGCGCCUCCCACUUCGUGCUGCUCUCAGCCAUCUGCGUGCAGCGGCCGCUGCUGGAGUUUCAGCGCGCGAAGCUCAAGUUCGAGAAGGAGCUGCAGGAAGACCCCGCCGUCACGCACAGCAUCGUGCGCCCCACCGCCUUCUUCAAGUCGCUCGGCGGCCAGGUGGAGAGUGUGAAGGGGGGCGGCCCCUACGUGAUGUUUGGAGACGGGCAGCUGUGUGCGUGCAAGCCCAUCAGUGAGGCGGACCUCGCUGCCUUCAUUGCUGACUGCGUGCAAGGCGAGGACAAGGUGAACAAGGUGCUGCCCAUCGGGGGACCAGGGGAGGCGCUGACGCCGCUGCAGCAGGGGGAGAUGCUGUUUCAAGUGGUGGGCAAGGAGCCCAAGUUCAUCAAGGUGCCCAUCGGCAUCAUGGACUUCGUCAUCGGUAUCCUUGACGUGCUCGCCAAGCCCUUCCCCUCGCUGGCGGACGCGGCGGAGUUUGGCAAGAUUGGGCGGUACUACGCGGCAGAGAGCAUGCUCGUGUGGGAUGAGCAGAAGCAGCGGUACGACGCGGAUGCUACGCCGAGCUAUGGUAGUGAUACGCUGAGAGAUUUCUUUGAGAAGGUGGUGCGCGAUGGCAUGGAGGGGCAGGAGCUGGGCGACCAGGCCGUGUUCAAAUGA